UGUUUGCUAUUUUAUUAGCUAUAAUCAAAAUGUUGUUAUUAAAUUUUCCACAGAUGGCGCUUCGAUCAGUUUUGUAGGACCAAUAGGCAGAAAAACCAAUAGACCAAUAGACGAUGGUUAAGAUGGCUUCAAGGAAAGUGAUGUCGAACAAGGCGAUGCGAGUUUGCAUGGAAGUAAUGGCGGAAUUACUAUCAGAGAAAAAUGAAGAAGUAGUACGGUCAUUCCAUUCACGCUUCGACGCGGAAAUUGUAAAUCCGGAAUCGAAGAGGCCCAUGAACUUAAAGACAGUCUGGGGUAAAUUGAACGCCAGGGAAUAUUCGGUGGUAGAUGAAUUCGUGAAGGACAUACGGUUCAUCAUUUCUUCGGCGUUUAAGAUUGCAACGAUUACUCCCAAAGGUUCCACUUGGCGAAAACAGACUAAGGAAUUCAGUCGAUUGUUUGAAAGUUUACAUGCCAAGAAGAUUCAUGACGAAGAUUUGUCGGACCCUGAAGAUCAUAAGAAGAGCAAUAAAAAAAGAAAAAGAAGUACGGGUUCCGAUAAGGAGAAUAAAAAUCGGCCGGCGAAGAAGUAAAACAGUUUUUUUUUAAUUA